AUGCUAUUUUACAAGAACCAUAAAGAACAACAAAAAACAUCUAAUAAGCCAUUCUACAGCGGAAAUGCAUUCUCAUUGAAGGCUCAAACAAGACUGAAUCAAACUUUCAAAAUGUUACACAACGUCUAAGUAUUCAAAACUGCAUCAGUUGACAGUGAACUUGCCAAAGAUUCAUUUGCUUUCAAUAACUUUAGUUAGGUCUUUGCUACUACUCCACAGUCGACCAGCACCAUCAAAAUUGGCAAUAAAGGAGCAUUAGCUGAGUUUUAGUUCACUCCAAAGAACCUUAACAUAAAGAAUAAUUUCGUUCAACUAGGUUCUGAUCAUUUCUUAAAUUCACAGAGUGGAAAUUUACUUUCAAAUUUUCAUUUGAGGUAUAGAUCACCAGUGUUUGCUAACAUUAGGCUUUGGGAAACAGUUCACCUAGCACUUAAUACUUAAGAUACUUUGAAGACUCUCUCUAACACAGUUAAUCUUCAAAUACAUGAAAAGUAUCUCUUAGGCUUUGCCUUAGAUUACGAUUUUAAUGAUCUAAAGUCUCUAGAGGCUGAAGCUGCUUAUAAGCCAAAUGAUUUUCGCUAUAUAUACUUAAGAAGCAACAUUUUGAGCAAGCAAGUAACACUUGGUGGUUAGGAGAGCUUUAGAAAUGAUAUAAAAGGAACAGUUGAGAUAGAUUACGAUGUGAAGUAAGAAAAGAAAGGAUUUAUGGGAUAUCCGGUGUCAAUGAAGGUUGGAAUGGAAAAUUAAUUAACACACUCAUCUAAAGUUAACUCAUAAAUUGAGCUAAAUGAAGAAAUCCUCUUCAACUAGGUUUGUAGUCACAGACUUAACAGAAACCUCAAGGUGUCCGUAGCUAGCAAAAGCAAUAUCUCUAAGAUUUUGUCAGAGCCCUCUCCAAAGAACUAUAAUGUCGGAGUUCUAGUCAAAUGGACAUUUUGA